GUGCCAUUGUUCUUCCCUGCGGUCCGCCCCUUAAUUCAGGGCACAUGGCCCAGCCGCCAGCAGGCCUUGACCGGCCAACUCCAUUCACACUCACCAAAACCCAAAAAGCGCCAAAAAUCAAAGUCAAAAUACCAUAAUUUAUCUCUCUCUAUCAAUCCCUAUAUCUGUACACAGUUUCAAUUUUUAAAUACUACUUCUCUCUCUCUCUCAACUCUUUCAACUAAAACCCUAGGCCACUCAAAAAUCCCCUCAAGAAAUGGCGUUCAACAACGCCAAUCGGUUUGACCCUCGAUCAGCGGCGGAGAAGGCCGUUUCGGUGAUCGGAAGCGGGUUCGAUCUCGCCACCGAUCUCCGCUUAUCGGCAUGCAAACCCGGCUCGAGCCUGGUCGAGCUCGAUCAGGCAAGGACCAAGGAUCUGGUCGUGCCCGGUGGGGUCGUGGUGUCGAAUGUAUCAGCGUCGAUAAAGUGCGAUAAAGGGGAGCGGACGAGGUUCCGGUCUGAUGUUCUGUCUUUUAAUCAGAUGUCUGAGCAAUUCAAUCAAGAGUUGGCUUUAUCUGGUAAAAUACCAUCUGGCCUUUUCAAUGCAAUGUUCAACUUCAGGGGAUGUUGGCAGAAGGAUGCAACUACCACAAAAAGUCUUGCUUUUGAUGGUUGGUUUAUUUCUCUAUACAAUAUUGAGUUGGCAAGAUCACAAAUAAUACUAUCUGAGCAUGUGAAAAAAGAAGUUCCUGCCUCAUGGGAUCCUGUUAUCCUUGCUGAGUUUAUUGAGAAAUAUGGUACUCAUAUUGUUGUUGGGGUAAAGAUGGGAGGUAAAGACGUUAUUCAUAUUAAGCAGCUUCAAAGUUCAAGUCUUCAGCCAACAGAAGUGCAGAAAUUGUUGAAAGAAUCAGCUGAUAAAAGAUUUUCUGAAGAUGGAAGCUGCGCAUCGAACAGUAAUAAAUUAUCAGGAAACAAGAAGGAUGGAAAUACCGUCAUUUGGGAUCGUAAUUCACCUUUUAUGACUUCACUUGUACCAACCAUAACUUCUCUCUCAAAGAAUGACGAUAUGUUCAGCAUUCAAAUCCGAAGGGGAGGAAUUGAUAGCGGCCAAAGUCAUAGUCAGUGGCUUUCCACUGUAUCACAGUCACCGAAUGUCAUAUCGAUGUCCUUUGUGCCUAUAGCUUCGCUAUUAAGCGGUGUUCGCGGUAGUGGAUUCCUAAGCCAUGCAAUUAAUCUCUACCUUCGAUAUAAACCACCUAUAGAGGAACUCCAUCAAUUCCUAGAAUUUCAGUUACCUCGACAAUGGGCUCCAGUAUACGGCGAUCUUCCACUUGCACCUCGACACAGAAGACAAGUGUCUCCAUCGCUUCAAUUCACACUUAUGGGCCCCAAGCUUUAUGUUAAUACCUCAAAGGUUGACUCAGGAAACCGGCCAGUGACAGGGAUCCGUUUAUACUUAGAAGGUAAGAGGAGUGACCAUUUGGCAGUCCAUUUGCAACACCUCUCAAGUCUUCCCGAGAGCCUCCAACUCUCAGACGACCCCACUCUUGAGCCAAUCAACGAGCCAAUCGAACGAGGUUACUUUGAACCCGUGAACUGGAGCAUAUUCUCUCACGUGUGUACUGCUCCAGUACAACUCGAGGGAGCGAGAAUCGAUGAUUCUGCUUCCAUCGUUACAAAGGCCUGGUUUGAAGUAAAGACAGUUGGAAUGAAGAAAGUGCUGUUCCUGAGGCUGGGAUUCUCUGCGGUGGCAUCUGCAAGGCUUCGACGGUCAGAGUGGGACGGCCCCACAACCUCGUCUCGGAAGUCAGGGUUUAUGUCGAUGUUGAUAAGCUCGACGUUCACUGCCGGAAUGACUCCAGUUGAGAAGCCCGCCAAAGUGGAUUUGAAUUCCGCGGUUUAUCCUGGGGGUCCACCUUUGCCGAGAAGAGCACCAAAGUUGAUGCAUUUUGUGGAUACAAAGGAAAUGGUGAGGGGUCCAGAGUGUCUACCGGGGCAUUGGGUAGUCACUGGAGCGAAGCUCUGUGUAGAGGGUGGGAGGAUCACGAUCAAAGCGAAGUACUCGUUGCUGGCAAUGAUUCUAGAGGACUCUUUAAUGUGAGGAAGUUAAAAUGCGGACGCACAUUUUUUUUUUUUUUUUGUUACCCUUUCCAAUUGUAUUGUGUUGCACAAGCCGCGCUGAUUUUUUUGUAAAGUAAUAGGAGUAUUCAAUUUUUAUCAGUUCCUGUCGCGGUGUAAUAUAGUAAGUAGUUUUGGUUGAUUUCUGACGCUACUAACAGAUCUGUGUAUCAGCCAUAUUAUUGUUCAACACUGUUAAAUGAAUAUAUAUCCAUCUCAGCUGACAGUUUUGAGUA